GCCAAUUCGGGAGCGGCUCCGCGGAGCAGGUAGCCAUUGGGCGCGCUCGCAGAAAGCGUACCUCCGGCGACUGCGUAGUAGCUGCAGUCGCCGCAGCCUCCAUAUUGAAGAGUCAGUAGGUUCGCGAGCGCCGCCAGAAGGAGCUGCUCUUGCGGCUCAUUCCGGGCUCCGGUCCGCUGUCCUUGUCCGUGCGCCCCCGGCCCUCCGUCCUGUCCGCGCAGCGAGCCCGGCGGAGCCCAGAUGGUGGACCCGCGCUGUGCUCGGCUGCGCCUUCCUCCCGGAGCGGAGGCGCCGGCGGCACCGACCUCGCCCGCUGGGCCCCCGGCGCCGCACUCGCCGCUUCGCGGCUCUCCCGCGGCGGGCGGAGGGCGGCGAUCGACCCGGACUUAGAGCCGCCGACCAUGCCGGACCUGCGCCCGUCCAGCCCUGCCGCCUCCAGCCUGGCGCCGUCGCGCGGCGCGACCAAGAACCCCGAUGUGGCCGCGGGCCUGGCUUGGGCCUCGGCAGCCGCCGCGGGACAACCGCGCAGGAGCAGCUCAUCGGCCGCAGCGCGUGGGGCCGCCUGUCCCCCGCCGACGGCUUCGCCAAGGCCUCCGAGAUCCCGGCCGGGAAGCGGCUCCCGCCGCCGCGGAGGUGCGGCGGAGCGUCCAGAGCGGGCCCCGCUUCAGGGGUGAAGGCGACAGCGACGGCUCUGUGGACCAGAAGGAAGAUUUCGAUGUGGAUCAUUUUGUAUCUGGCGGCAGGAAGCACGUCCAGCUGGAGGAACUGAGAGACGACCUGGAACUCGACGAUGAGCUUCUUAAGACCGCCAUGGUCGGACUCAUCAACAAGGACUAUGCAGAUUUUGUUAACCUUUCAACAAACUUGGUCGGCAUGGACAAAGCCCUCAACCAGCUCCCUGCGCCUCUGGGACAGUUACGAGAAGAGGUUCUGAUGUGUGUAUUGAGGCUUAUCCAAGUUAUUCUCACUUAAGAAUAUUGAAAAAAUCUUAAAUUCUCAAAGGUCUAGGGAAACAUCUGCCCUAGAAGUAAGCAGGUCAGUAUUGUUUACUAAAUUAAUACUUCACACCAAGGCUAAAAAAAUGUUUUUUAAUUAGAACUUAUUUCUGAAAAAGAGGAAAAUCCAAGCCUAAGGCUUAGUGUUUUUGAACAAAGCUCAGGGAAGUGGAGUGCGUGAAGCGGUGAUGCUAGAACACGGUGUUACAGAGCUUUCAGUCACAGGCCACUGUCCCAGCACGUCACCUUCAGGGUGCCCGCUGUGAGGAUUCCUCUCUGGACUUACCUUCCGUGAGGACUACAAAAUCCUUGUUGGUUUUCAAGGAGCAGAAGAGCAUUCAUCUUGCUCAGAUUUUGUGGAUUUGCACAGAGUAUCACCGCUGAUGUGUCUUGUGCAAGCACUAUACCUAUAAGAAAUAGUAUAGGAGACAUUUAGUUGAAAUCAAGAAACAGGAAAGAAAAAGCUUGUACAGUAAGAAAAUGGCAACCAUUUCCUUUGUUAUACUGGGACUCCAACUACCUGCCUAGUCUGAACUUCAUAUCAGCUAGCUGGGUGAGCAGAUGAGAUCAGUGUGUGGUACAGUGGGAAAAGCAUGGGUCUGUACUGCAUGUACCAGCUGGGCAGCCCGCAUCGAGGGACUUCAGCUCCCGGUGUCAUUUGGAAUGGAAGGCUAGUGAUGACCCCGCUCGGUUGUCUGACAGUCAGUAGGGUCCUGUCAGCUGGUGCCUGGCACACAGUAGGCCCUCGUCAUGUCUCACUUGGGUCUGUCGUAAAGUCUCGUUGACAGCCGCACCAUUUCUCCAUGAGUAGUCGUGAAUAAUCUGCUGCAAAACCAGCUGAAGCCCAGAGUCAAAGUAGUUCCAACUCUGGGUCAUGCUAUAGAGGCAUCCUGGGUUUCUUAAUUUUAGGAAUUAAAAUUUCAAUUUGGAAGGGACCUUAGAGACACUAUGCUCCAUGUCCCAUUGUUACAUAGAUUACAAAAUGAGACGUUCAGAGAGGAAGUCUUUCUUGGGGCCUAGGUCGCUGCUUCCUUUCAUAGUCAAGAUGGGUGAAUGGUCAGCAGCUGCCUUGUUUGCUUCCUCAGGCCCCUGCGUGUGUGCUUCGGCCCUUUCUACCUCCUUAGUCAUUGCUUAUCACAUCUCCAUGAAUGUCCAUCCUGACCAGUCCCAUGUAGCCCAUUUGUCGUGAACUGCUCUGCGUCUCUGGUGUGCUCAGAAGUACUGACAGCCCCACCAGCUGCGCCCUCUCAGCGUCCGUGGCACCUGCCUCCCGGCUUCCUUUCCAUCCUGCCCGGUCCUCCUCUGCUCCUUUGACAGAAAUACCUGUGAUCACUGUACCUUUGCAGCGUUCCAUCUUUAACACAAUAAACAUGAUACUCUACCUUGCUCAGAAUCACCUUUGAGGAUCUUUUCCUUAACUCAGAUCAGCAUCUUUGAGCUGUGGAGAAGGGAAAACCGGGACAGUGUGAGUGGUUAGUACAUCAUGCUCGUUAGGGCAAAAAAUGUUUAGGUGAUUUAUGAAGAACAAACGUACACUAGGUCAUUCAGGAAAGCGUUAUGAGUUAACCUUUUGCGUUGGUCACACUGGGCAAUUACUGUCCCUCUGACCUAAUUUGGAGGCUACAAAUACUGGGCUGGGUGGAUCACUGAUGGUCAGUGGUGGCAUUUCACAUUUUCUCAUGAUGUGGAUUUCUCCCCUCCCUAACUGAUUGGUCAUGAACAGGUACAGGAUGCCUCAGGAAAGCCCAGCAGAUGCUUCAAUGCCUUUGUAUUUUUCUUCUUUUGCUACUUCCUUUUGGGUGGAAUUGAUGCUAUCUACUGUGUUUUAGGGGGAAAAAGCAUUUAUUACACCUUACGGCAGAUACACAAUGAACGUCCUCUGUCUGGGACCCAGAAUAUAGAGACUGACUGCUCUUUUAUUUGGUAAAUGUAAAUUUCAAGUUAAGCUGUUCUGCAAUAUUUUGUUUAUUGCUGUUAGAGGGACAGUUUUACUUUAUUGAGAAAAAAGCAUUUGGUGUCUUAGACAAAAGGAGAAUGAGACAGGUCGAGAAAAGAAGAGGGCUCGGGUGUGAAUAAUAGGAUAGGGCAAGGGAGAGAGGAAAGGGAAGCUGACGAUGAAGGCGGUCGUGGGCAGCGGAGCCUAGGAAUGGCUGUGGGGACCUGUGGCUGUGCCCGCCCUGACCUCUUGCAGCCCCCAGGUCUCACCUGAGCAGCAGCAGGGCUUGCGGACUCAGCUGCCACCCCCGGGCACCUGGAGCGGUCGGUGCCUAUGGCCCACAGUGGGAACUGGAGGCAUGAAAGGCGUGUUAGCUUUCCCCUGAAGACGAGGGGGCCCUGGAAAAACCCUCUCUGGAGAAAGUCACAACACGGCAGGUGCUGGAACACCACCAUGGCUAAUUGUGUGAUGUGUUCUCUCGAAAAUGAAAACACUUAAUUUUUCUAAAGUGUUUCUUUAAUUUCUAUAUUCUAAACUCCUAUAUAACUAAAUUUCUAUAAUUGUCUC